AUGAAUAUUUAAGAAAAAGAGGCAUAGUUAUAACUUUAGAAAGCAGAUAUUUUCGAAGCGUUUAAGUAGUCCUCUCCAUUCAUUCUCUCUGAAGAAGAUGAAAAAUUUUAUCAAAGUAUAAUAAGUAAAAAAUUGAUUGUUUAAGUAGAAAUAUAUGACACUAAAGAUAUUUAAAGGGAUUCAAAGAAGUAAUAUACAGUUUACAAAAUAAAGGUAACAACUAGGGUAUAGAGUUAUACUAUUGAAAAAAGAUUUAGCGAGUUCAAGGAAUUGCAAAGAAAGCUAGUAGAGACUUAUAAAAAUGCACCUUUGCUAGAAAAAAUAAUAUUUAAUAGAUUCAGUUAAGAGAAUAUAUUAAAACGAAAGAACUAAUUGCAAGAGUUUAUAAACUACUUUUUUGAUGAGAUUAAUAGAGGUUAAACAGUCUAUCCUUUUCUUUAAUUUCUCCAGAUACUAGAAAAAUUUUAGGAGUUUAAGAUCCUCUUAGAAAGUCCUAGCUAAGAAAACUAAGCAGAUUCUGUAGAAAAAAUUAUAGAUUACUAAACAAAUGUGUCCCAUGAAAAAAAGAUUUUAGAGCUCCUCAAAGAGGCCCAAACAAACAAAGACAAUUUAAACAAGACUUUAUAAAAUAUCGGAGACAUGAUAUCUAUGAACAAUCCUAUCACAGAUUACGACUUAAUCAAAUUAAUUAUGGAAGGUACCUAUUCUAGUAGCAAUAAAAACUUUAAAGGGCUAUUGUAGUUAUGUGGUCAGUUAGAUAUCUACACUGAUCCUUAAACUAAUGAAUAAUCUUUAUAGCACAUUAAUUGUGGUAAAAACCUAGAAAUUCUUAAUAAUAUUAUGGAAUGCAUGAAAAAUUAAAGCUAUGAGCUAUUUACUAAAAUAUUUUAAGAAAUAAGUGUUGCAAACAUAAAAACUAUCAAUUUAGAAUAGCAUAUUUUAAGUGAAAAAUCUUGCAAAUAACCAGCACUUAAAUUAAUUUCAAAAUACUUGGAGGGAAUGAAAAGAAUGUAUGGUACUUAAGAUGUCAAAUACCUUUUACAAACAAGAAAGAUUCUUUAAAUGAAAGGUAAAACCAUAAAUGAAAUAGAGAAUUUUAUGUCAAGUAAGCACCUUACCUUAAAAAAAGUCUAAAGUAGUUGUCAUUUACAUAAAUUUGAAAAUGAACCUUCUACUAAUAGAUUUAGCUAAUCAAAUUACUUGAGUUUUAGCUAUUUAGAUUGUGAAGAAGAUAAAAACUACUUUAACACAAAAAAUAUUAAAGAUGUCCUUGAGGAUUAGUUUAUUUAGUGGAAAACUGUUUAUCACCUUAAAGAAAGAUAAAUUAUUCUUUAGCACGCAUUUCCAAUUUAGUACAUAAAAAUGAGUGUUGUCUUGCCUGUUAAUCCCAAAGAAUGCCUUGACUUAAUAGUCACAUAACGCAACUAAUGGGAUACAUUACUUCUAGAUUGCUAUACUCUGCCAUCUCCAGGAUCUAAUUAAGAAAAGAGCAGUCCAACUAAAAAGAAAGAAAAAUAUGGAGUACAGUCUAUUCAUGACUACGUGUGUGAAACUUAUAGAUAUAAUUUUAAUCAUAGAAUAUCGUUCUAUUCUGAAAGAAAAACAGAGAUAGAAAAUAAAAGAAUAUACAUAACAAGAACUUCUUAUGAUCCUAAAGAUCACUGCUAUGAUUUUAUUGAUAAAAACAAAAAUAAUAUGAUUGGAAAAUGGGAAUGCUUAGUAUUUAUUAAGUAAAUUGAUAGUGGGAACAUGACUUCUUCUAUACAAUCUCAAAGUUCUAUUUAGGCAUCGCCUUAUGAUGUUAAAGAAAAAUUAAAAGUGUUCACUUUUAGUAACAACAGUAACAUCAAUAAUAAUUUACCAAAAUUAGGCAAGUUUUUUUCAGGAAAAGACUUAGUUUAAUCUUCAGACUAGCUAUCAAAAAGCGGAUAAAGUAAUUCCUCAGAUGAUUUAAAUAAGCUUGCAGAUAUUUCAAACUCAGGAAUGAAAUUUAAUGAAUAUAUUUAAGAAGAGGAAGAUUGUAAUAGAGAUGAUAGCAGUAGUUGUGAUGAAAAAUCAGAAAAAGAAUUUUUUUAAAUAACCAAAAUAAAUUCACAAUAAAAAGAGGAACAAAAGAAUAAAAUUCAUUCUGGCUUACUUAGCUUGGAAGAAUCUAAGGCUAUACAAGAUGCUAAAUAAAAUUAAUAGAAUGAUGGAUAAGAAACUCUCCCAAAUACACUUCAUUAACAAAAUAAUUCUUAUUUAGAGCAGAGUAAUUUUAGCUAGAGAAAAAAAAGUAAUUCGAAGCUAAGUAAGAAAGAAAUUAUUGAAAGAGAAAGUGAAAAUGAUGACUCAGAAGAAUACAAUAAUGUCUUAUAAAAAAGUCAUAUGAGCUAAUCUUAAAAUUUAUCAGAGUAGCAGUUAAGCAAAUAGAUAACUCCAAAUUAGUUGUUUACUCAGUACAUUGGCUUGAAUAAUUAUGGUCAGAAUAAAGACUAGUAUGAUGACAAAAGAUAAAAAGAACCUAGUUCUCUUUCAGAUGCUAGCGGAUGCAGUAUUAAUUUUAUAAAUUCAGCAAAAUCUUAGAAUUUAAAGAAGUUCAGUGAUGAUAUUCAGAACACUGAAUUAGAGGAUUCAAUUUUAAUAGAUCCUGAAUAAGAAUAAGCUAUACCAAGAAACUAACCCAUAAUUUAAGAAUAAAAUGUAAACACUUUAAUCACAUUUACCUUCAACUUGUAAAACUCUGAAGCUGUGCACUUUUUCAGUAGAUUCAUCAAUGAGCGUGAUGACGAUACAAUGGUUCAAAGUAUGAUAAAGCUGCAAGACUUAGCUAAAAAAAUAAGAAAAGAAAGCUCUUCUACUACUGAUACAAAACAUGCUGAUAGAAAGCAGUCUAGUAAUAGUCAAUACUCUUAAAAUAGUGAAUAAAGUAAAAUAUAUGAAUGA